CAAAUCCACCCCCAAAAUCGCCGCCAGCAUGACUUCCAUGGCCGCUGCCCUCGCAGCCUCCCUCCCCAGCGCCGUCUCCCGCCAGUCCACCCCUCUCCCCCAGAAGGAAGCCGCCUCCAAGGUCCCCCAGAAGCUCGAGGGCGCCGUCGAUGCCGAAGCCCUCAGGGAGGUCGAGAGCGUCCAGCUCAACUCUCUUGUAUUCUUGAAGAUCAUGAAGCACUCUACCGACAUCCUCCCCGCUCCCCCCGCCUCCGUCCUGCAACAGGACCGUAACCCCCCUCCCCCUACCGAGCUUUCAAGUCACGUCGAUGCUUUGGGUGUGCUUGUGGGUCUGGACCUUGAUGGUGUUAUGGAGGUGGAAGACUCUUUUGCUCUCCCCGGUGGCGAGACUAGCUUGGGUCCCAACUCUUACUCCUCGAAACUCUUGUCCCGCCUCUCCACCGUCUCCACCCCCGACUCUCCUGUCGGUAUCUACCUCUCCACCCACAACGGUGGUUUCGCUACCCGAGUCUCCAUCGACCUUCUCUCCGCCGUCGAAAAGUCGGCCGGACGCGGCAAGGCCAUCCUCCUCAUCCACGACGCUUCCCGCUCCAACGGGAACGACCUCUCCCUGAAGGCCUACACACUGUCAGAAGGAGCUAGAGAAGCCGCCAAGAAGGGCAAGUGGGACGGACAAACGCUGCAAGAGUAUGGUAUCACCAGCUCGACCUUGUUGGUCCCCUUGCCCGUCAAGGUCGCUUCUUCAGCCCUCCUUGACGCCUUCAUCUCCACCCUCUCUACCCCCGCUCCUUCCGCCUCCGCCCCCUCCCUUUCUUCCCCGUCCGCCCCUCUCCCACCAUCCUUCUCCCCCCUCCUGAACCCCCUCUCCACCUCCCUCACAUCCUACCUCCAAAACACCCUCGACGCCCUCACCCUUCACUCCCACGAGACCAACAACAUUGCCUUCCUCUCCCGACAAAUUGCGCGUGAGAAGAGCAAGCAUGAGCAGGCGGUCAAGGAUCGGGAGGAGGAGAAUGCGAGGAGGAGAAAGGCUGGGUUGAGCGAGUUCCCCGAGAUUGGGGAAGAAGUCAGGGGCGGUACGAAGGAGCCCAGUCGGUUGGAGACGGUUUGUCUUGGGGGGACGGUGGAGGGUGUUGCCAAGGGGAUGGCGGCGGAGGCUGGAAAGGGUUUGGUGCGAGCGUAUUUGUAAAUGGAGUCUUUUCGCUUUUUUUCUUUUGUGUGCGGGUUCAUUUGUUCUAGAUGAGACCUUGUAGAGUAGUUUAUACAGCAUUUACAUUCCCAUCUUGCACAUCAUGCAUGUGCUGCUUAUAUGAUUUGACGUCGGGGAUGGAGUCGUUAUCGGACAUUUGCGAGGAUUGGGAAGUCGAGAUCCAGUGUUGUUGAGGGGCAGACGUCUGGAAAUGACCUUUGCAGUACUCGAGUACAAUGGUGGACAGUGCCAGCGAUGGACCCUCCUCCCGGCCUUACCUUACACCUGGCUCGAUCUCCGCCACCGACUAUGGCUGUACAUUCCAGAU